UUAAUGCAAUGAGUAGAUCAUGUAAACAUCGUAAAAAAAUCUCGGGUUAUUUAUUCGCUGUAUACCUAAAUCCAAACACUGAACCUGCCUAACAGUCCAAAAAAAGCAGCACCAUGGACCUGUUGCGUCUUUAUGAGUGGAUCGAUAUCAAGGCUGUUUUGAUAUUUUCUUGUGUGUUUUUACUGUUGAGUGAUUAUAUCAGGCAUAAAGUGCCGAAAAACUUUCCUCCUGGACCAUGGGCUUUACCGAUCAUUGGACACCUUCACCGCAUCGAUUAUACGAAGAUUCAUCUUCAGAUGGCAAAGUUUGCAGAAAAAUAUGGAGACAUUUUACACAUUCGAAUUCUCGGACCAAGAAUUGUUAUUUUGAGCGGAUACAAAAGAGUGAAGGAGGUCUAUACACAACAGGGUGAUAACCUCGCUGAUCGUCCGGUGUUACCAAUGAUUAAUGACAUUUCCGAAGACAAAGGUUUAGUUGCUGCCAGUGGAUAUAAAUGGAAGCAACAGAGGAGAUUUGCACUCUCAACUCUUCGAAACUUCGGAUUGGGAAAGAAAAGCCUGGAGCCAUCUGUCCAUCUUGAAUGUCGCUUUCUGAAUGAGGCCUUUUCAAAUGAGAAUGGUCAACCCUUUGACCCUCAAAUCCUGCUGAACAAUGCUGUCUCAAAUGUGAUCUGUGUGCUUGUGUUUGGGAAUCGAUUUGAGUACAGUGACCAUGACUUCCAGUCUCUGUUGAAGAACAUCAAUGAAGCUGUCUUUCUGGAUGGAAGCUUCUGGGCUCAACUUUACAACUCCUUCCCAUGGCUCAUGCGGCGACUGCCUGGUCCACACAAGAAAAUGUCCGCUCUGUGGAAGAGAGUGAUUGACUUUGUCAAAGAGAAGGUGAAUGCACACAGAGUGAAUUUUGAUCCAUCAAAUCCAAGAGACUACAUUGACUGCUUCCUUGCCGAGAUGGAAAAACUUAAGGACGACACAGCCGCUGGGUUUGAUGUGGAGAACUUGUGCAUCUGUACUCUGGAUCUGUUUGUAGCGGGAACUGAGACCACCUCCACCACUCUGUACUGGAGUCUUCUCUACAUGAUCAAAUAUCCUGAGAUACAGGCCAAAGUUCAGGAGGAGAUUGAUCGUGUUGUGGGAGGGUCACGGCAGCCAUCUUUAUCAGACAGGGACAACAUGCCCUUCACCAAUGCUGUCAUUCAUGAGAUACAGAGGAUUGGAAAUAUCGCCCCAUUAAAUUUGCCACGUGCUACUGUGGAAGAUACUCAGAUAGGAAAAUACUUCCUUCCAAAGGGCACAGCUGUGAUUGGCAGUUUGACAUCAGUGCUGUUUGAUGAGUCCGAGUGGGAGACGCCUCACUCUUUUAACCCGGGUCACUUCCUGGAUGCUGAGGGCAAAUUUAGGAGGAGAGAUGCCUUUUUACCCUUUUCUUUAGGAAAGCGAGUGUGUCCUGGGGAGCAGCUGGCACGGAUGGAGCUGUUCCUGUUUUUCUCCUCUCUGCUGCAACGCUUCACUUUCUCUUCACCAGCAGGUGUGGAGCCCAAAUUGGAUUACAGAUUGGGGACCACUCGGUGUCCCAAACCAUAUAAAUUAUGUGCAGUAUCACGCUAAAGGCCCUGAUAUAGGCUAAUCACAGUGAAGUUAUUUUUCAUUCUUCACUUAGGGGUCUUAGAGGUCUUAGAUAGGCAAUGCAAACAAAUUUGUGAUACUGUAAAUACUAUAAAAACAUUUUGGAAAAUAAAGUAUUAAAACUCUAGAUUCACUUUCCUGCAGAUUUUAGCUGCCUCCAACCCUAAUACAGCUUUCUAGUAAUCUUGAAGACCUUGAUUAUCUUGCAUUGUUCAGAUAUGUUUGAUUAUUGUUGGAGACAAUAAUCAACAAAAGUGAAUCUUAAGGGCCAGAGUUGCCCACCCGCAGUAAAAUGUUUUGUAAUUUGCUUUGGACAAUAAACCGUUUGGAAAAUAUGGAAUAAUAUAAUGUAGAUUAUAAUUUGAGCUAAUGUAUACAUAUAGAAUGCUCUGUGGAAAAUGUAGCUUUUAUUGUCUUUACAGUUUUUUGUUUGUUUUCAUUUUGGUAAUAUUUUCACAAAGUGUACAUUAUCAAAAUUCUUUACAAAAUUAUCAAAACUCUUAAUACAAAAAUCCAAACUGAUCACACUUAUAACACAGCUAGUCAUUCUUUCAAAACCUGAUCCCAUGCUUUCAUUACAGUUAUACACAUUUUCAGUUCACAUAAUCACAAACACAAGAUUAUUGUAAUAUGUAAUAAAAACAUUUGGUUUAAUCACUGAAACACAACAGUAUGAGCUUACACUUACGUUACCUAACUUAUUUAAUUGAAUCCAUAAUGAUUGUAAUAGUAUCUAUCCAGUGUGUUAUCAAAAGGUAUGAUGAAGUAUGACAAGUCCAUGAGGUUUUGUGCUAGAACAGAGUUUGCUGGCAGAGAGUGUUUGUGCCAUAUGACUGAAUAUAUACUGUAGUUGACCUUUAUAAGAGUGAGUUAAAGUAAUGUGGCAUACAAUGAUACGUGAUCUCUACCAUGGUAAUCUGUUUACAGUAUCACAUACAUACUGUAAUGUAAAAUGUGAUGCAACCUGUCUUCCUUCUUCUGAUGCAUCUGUGAACAUUAUGAAGUUAUACAGUCAUUGACCUUACUCUGUUGUACUCUAUUUGUACCCCAUUGUACUGUACUCUAUAAUCCUGCUCAAUGUUCAUAUUCAUAAAUUGCAAAUCUCCCUGUCUCACACACACACACACACACACACACACACACUUUGAACAUAGUGGUUAUCUAAGAUAAUUUGCUUAAAAUGUAAAAAGAAUUCAUUACAUUUGAUUAUCCAUAUCUGAAAUUGUAAACAAAGUAGAACCUAUAUCUAUAGAAAUCUAUAGAUGUAGGCCUACUUAAUGAUUUGAUUAACCUGGAUUAAAUCUGAUCAGUUGGAUUAAAUACUAGACAAAUGUAUUAAACUGAAUGAAAAGCGAUGCGCAUCAAAAGUUUGAUAGUAGCAUUAUAAAUGGCAGUUACUGUGAAUGAAAUGUUUAUAAAACACUUAUUUUGUGUUGUGAAAGGGAUACUUUGUGGUUUUGUGUGUUGUACUAACACAAUAAAAAAAAUGCUUAAAUGUUUGAAAAA